AUGCCCAAGUCAGACCUACCUGUGUUCGACAGUGAUACCACACAACUCCCGGGAACUGUUAUGAAAUUUAAGAGAGUGUCUCCUGUGCUCAUUGUUCUGGCCAUAUGUUCAUUUCUCCUUUUGAUCAAGGUCAUUUUGCCGUUCAUUGAGGAGGGAAGAUCCGCAUGGUCUGCGCUCAACUCGGAAUCUGCGGCUGGAGGUGUCUUCGGAGUGAACAAGCACCCCAGGUUGCCCGGUUCCAUUCACGUCAAAACCCUCGAUCCUGACUUGCUUCCGCGAUCAACGAAGGGGAAGACGGGUCCCGAGGCUGUUCAAAAGAGACUGGUGUUCAUUGGUGACAUUCAUGGAUGCAGAGAGGAAUUGGAAGCUCUGUUGAAGAAGCUGCGAUUUGACCCUUCGAGAGAUCACCUGGUUGCUCUGGGAGACAUAGUUUCUAAAGGGCCCGACUCUUUGGGGGUGAUUGAUUUAUUACGUCGGUACAACGCAUCUUGCGUAAGAGGAAACCACGAUGAUCGCCUUCUCCUUGUCGCGCAGAGUUUUCAAGCACAGUCUGCGGCUACCCACAAGAGCCUGAAAUCGGGAAAGCACACAGGCAAACACAAGCAUGAGGACCCCGUGGAGCGAUUAGCGAGAUCUCUGAGCACUGCGCAGCUUGAGUAUUUACAGUCAUGUCCCAUCAUACUUAGGAUAGGGGAGAUGGAGGCUUUCAACGGAAAAGCUGUGGCCGUCCAUGCUGGGCUCGUCCCGGGGCUGGCGCUUGACUUGCAGGAUCCCGUCUCAGCUAUGAACAUGAGAGUACUUGAUCUUGCGACACAUUUGCCAUCGCACAAGCACAAACUGAAGGGCAGCGUUGCAUGGUACAAGCUAUGGAACAGAUAUCAACAGCUACUCAAUCUGCACAAGCGGUUCGGCAAGCACAAAGAAGAACGGGAAUCCGAGUCACGCACCACAGUGAUCUAUGGCCAUAACGCUAAAGAAGGCUUGCAGAUCCGCAGAUACACCAAGGGCCUCGACACUGGCUGUGUGAAGGGAGGCAAGCUCACCGCUUUGGUGGUUGACGGCGACGGGAGGCAGCAGAUAGUCCAAGUCAAGGCCAAAAAGCACGCGCACCGUUCGUCCCUUCAAGUCGACGUACUGCGAGAUGGAGGGCCGGAAGCACCUCCAAGCGACAACGCAGGUUGA